CCGUGCCGCUAUAAAAUGCGCCCGCCCAAUGCCAACCUUCAAUUCGUCCACAGAAAGUCUCUACCCACUCGAAGCAGAGCACGAAGCAGGCGGAGGCAGCAACGCUUUCCUUGUAGUACCUUGCAGUGCUUCGCCAUGGCCUACGCCACUGCCGCCUGCGUCUACGGCACCAAUCUGGCCGCAAAGCCCGUCUCCGCAAGGAGAGCAGCUGGCCCCGCUGCCCGCCGCCCCAUGGUCGCCGUCGUGCGCUGCGUCUCGACGCGGCAGGAAACCGCCGGCCUCGUGGUGGAGCAGUUCAACCUCAAGGAGUACAUGGAGGAGAAGGCUCGCAAGGUGAACGAGGCCUUGGACCUGGCUGUCCCCCUCCGCCACCCGGAGGUGAUCCACCGCUCCAUGCGUCACUCACUCCUCGCCGGCGGAAAGCGCGUCCGCCCUCUCCUUGCCAUCGCCUCCUGUGAGCUCGUCGGCGGAGAUGAGAAGGCCGCGAUGCCUGUGGCCUGCGCCUCCGAGAUGAUCCACACCAUGUCGCUCAUCCAUGACGACCUCCCCUGCAUGGACAACGACGACCUCCGCCGCGGACAGCCCACAAACCACGUCCUCUUCGGCGAAGACACCGCCGUCCUCGCCGGAGACGCCCUUCUGUCGUUCGCCUUUGAGCACGUCGCCACCAGCACUUUCGGAGUGGCGCCGGAGCGCGUCGUCCGCUCCAUAGUUGAGCUCGGGAACUGCGUGGGCUCUGAGGGUCUUGUGGCCGGCCAGAUUGUGGACAUUUCGUGCGAGGGAAAAGUGGUGGACAAGGACGUGCUCGAGUACAUCCACAUCCACAAGACGGCGAGGCUGCUGGAGGCGGCGGCCGUCUGCGGAGCCAUCGUGGGCGGCGGCGAUGAGGAGGAAGUCGCGCGGGUCCGGAGCUACGCGCGCUGCGUGGGGCUGUUGUUCCAGGUGGUGGACGACAUCCUGGACGUGACGAAGACGUCGGAGGAGCUGGGAAAGACCGCCGGGAAGGACCUAGCCAGCGACAAGACCACCUACCCCAAGCUGCUCGGCCUCGACGGCGCCCGGGACUUCGCGCAGACGCUCGUGCGCAAGGCUGAGGGAGAGCUCGCCGUCUUCGACGCCGCCCGUGCCGCGCCACUCUAUCACCUCGCCCGAUACAUAGCCUACCGCCAGAAUUAGUUAAUUACGUUGCGUUGCCCCCGUAUCGACCUCGAGCUACAUAUCGCUCAAUCGCGAUCCAUAAGAUUUUAAUUGCUUCUUUAAUCACUAUUUCUAUCUGGUUUUUAUUUUUUGUUCACCACUCAAUAAAGCAGAGCCUCUUCUUCA